UAAUCACGUUUACUUAUCAAAAUCGAUAAGUUACAAGUCGACGGGAGCCGAACAAAAUUGAAAUUCAAAGUUCUAACCUCUAUUAAGGGAAAAAAAAGAAAGAAAAAAAAAAAAAAAAAAAAAAAGAAAAAAACCUAUUAUUUUCAAUCAAUUUUGAUAAAAAUUUUUACGAUCGAAGACAAACCUUCGACCUGAAUCAAUAAUCUCUGUUGAUCGAUCAUCGAGAACUCUCGUGAUAUUGAUAUUUUUAAAGAAUAUCUAUCUGAUAUGGACGUGGAUAUGAGCGAUAGCAAUGCCACCAAUGAAGAAUGUAACACGAGUACCCAACGAUUGAUCGCUGAAAGUGGUGGCCGAUGUAUGAGUACUCAAGCGAUGCAAUCGCUUUAUGAUUUUCGUCAGAAUAAUCUAUUAUGCGACGCCGUAUUGAGAUUAGAAGAUGGCGGAGUAUUUCCAAUACACCGUGCGAUCCUGUCCGCGUGCAGUACGUACUUCAGAGCACUAUUCACUACGACAUUGCAUUCUCGAGAAAAGACCGAUAUACUUUUACCAGGUGUCACCAGUGAAAUGAUGAAUUUGUUAUUGGAAUAUGCUUAUCUUCGUUCGCUCGACGUUAAUCGAGAUAACGUUUGCGAAUUAUUAGUUACGGCCGAUUAUUUAAGUAUUCUCGGUGUUCUUGAAAUUUGUUGUGAAUUUCUUCGACAAAAUUUAGCACCGGAAAAUUGUAUCGGUAUAAUGAGAUUCGCCCGUGAACAUUUUUGCAAGGGUUUGGAAAAUGACGCUUAUCGUUAUGUCAUGAGACAUUUCGUUCAGGUAGCUCAGAAAAGCAAUGAGGUACUUGAUUUACCGAUAGAAGAACUUUCGAGAUUGAUAGGGGCCGACGAGUUAAAUGUAAAGAGCGAAGAGACUGUAUGGGAGCUUGUACUUAAAUGGAUCAAUCACGAUCCAGAUGCUAGAAAGGGUCAUAUAGUCGAGUUAAUGCAAAAUAUACGUUUGGGCCUUUUGAACACGCAAUUUUUUUUGGAAAAUGUUAAGGAUCAUUCUUACGUCGUUGGAAACGAUGCCUGUCGACCCAUCAUCAUAGAGACGCUCAAAUUUUUAUAUGAUUUGGAAAUGAUCACGCAAAAGGACGGAGAAAUUCCUACGCCAGAAAUAGCACGUCCUAGAGUACCCCAUGAAAUUCUUUUCGCUAUAGGCGGAUGGAGCGGCGGUAAUGCUACAAAUUUUAUUGAAACGUAUGACACAAGAGCCGAUCGUUGGGUCAAGGUCGAAGAAGUGGAUCCAAGUGGUCCACGAGCUUAUCACGGAACUGCAGUAGUCGGUUUCAAUAUAUACGUAAUCGGUGGUUUCAACGGUUUGGAUUAUUUUAACAGCUGUCGUUGUUUCAAUGCAGUUACUAAAGUCUGGCGAGAGGUUGCACCCAUGAAUGCCAGAAGAUGUUAUGUCAGUGUGGCUGUAUUGAACGAUUUGGUUUAUGCUAUGGGUGGAUACGAUGGAUACCAUAGACAGAAUACCGCCGAACGAUAUAAUUAUCGAACGAAUCAAUGGUCCUUGAUUGCGCCAAUGAACGUCCAGAGAUCCGACGCAAGUGCAACUACUUUGAAUGACAAAAUCUAUAUUACCGGUGGUUUCAAUGGAAACGAGUGUAUCAAUUCAGCUGAAGUUUAUGAUCCAGAAACAAAUCAAUGGACGAUGAUAGCCGCAAUGAGAUCUCGUAGAAGCGGUGUAUCAUGUAUAGCUUAUCACGGCUAUGUAUAUGUUAUUGGGGGUUUCAAUGGUAUAUCAAGAAUGUGUACUGGCGAAAAAUAUAAUCCUACUACUAACACUUGGAGUUCUAUACCAGACAUGUAUAAUCCUCGUAGUAAUUUUGCGAUUGAAGUGAUAGAUGACAUGAUUUUUUCCAUCGGUGGAUACAACGGUGUAACAACAAUUUAUCAGGUUGAGUGUUACGACGAAAAAACCAACGAGUGGUAUGAAGCAACCGACAUGAACAUAUAUCGAUCAGCUUUGUCAGUAUGCGUUAUUAUGGGAUUGCCAAACGUUUACGAUUACAUUCAUAAGCAUCGUGAAAGAUUGAUGGAGGAGAAACGACAAAAAUUAUUGGCCCUUGAAGUCCAUCGUAUUCAGCAUCAACAACAACAACAACACGAGCAUAUACAUCAACAGAAUCAACAGAUGAUUCUUAAUAUACCAUCGCCACCACCGAUGCCACAAAACAAUGAUGAAAAUAAUAACGUUCGAUCGAAUGAAUGAAACACAAAUUAAUGGAUCAACAAUCAGCAAUAAUAAAUUAAUACGGAUUGGACGGACCGAUAAUGAUAACAAUCGGAUGAAACAUGCCUGGAAUAAUCUUAUUAAUUGAAAAACAAGAAAAAAGGAUCAAAAAAAAGGGGGAGGGGGGGACAGGACGAAAUUAUUCGGGAUUAAUUUUCGACGUGUAUCAAGAUUUUUAGAAAAAAGGGGUAACAUUUGAUAUCACAUUUUUUUUUGUUUUUU